CAGAAGAGCGACGGGGGGGCCGGUUAGUCGACGGAGGAGGGCUGCGUUUGAGCGAGAGACGGGUCAUGCGGUGACUCAGAAACCUGUGCGGCGGCGGUGACGGCGAUUGCGUCGGGGUGCCCGAUGGCGUAGACGGGACACACGGCCGCCGUCCGUGCCCGGGUGGCCGCCCUCCCACCCCCCCCCCCGACUAUUUCUGCCGUGUCUGUUGCCGCUGAGCCGAGCGCGCUCGCACUGGGAAUCCGAGAGGCGCGGGGGCCGUCACGCCAGCGGCAGCGCGUCCGCGUUGCGCUCGCGUGCGCGACAUGUAACCCUAGCCCGCGCGUCGGCGAGAGAGAGGAGGAGGAACUGCCUCUAGCGUGGGCGCAUAAGCCCGUCUGGCCUCGGAAGCCUCUCCUCUCGCUGGAGUUAAAACAGAUUUUUUUUUUUAUGAACGUCGUUGCCUCCCCGUGGACGUGAACGAAAAAAAAACAACCGAAGGAUGGCUCAGCGGCUCCGGCUGCGUUUCGCGGCCGGGCGAAGCCACACGGACCCCUCGUCAGACGCCGACCGCGACGAGAGGGCGAGCGACGCGCUCAUGGGGCUCUGCUCGGCUCCCCGCCGCUGCGCCAGCGUGCAGCUCACGCCCUCGCGGCCCGACUCCAGCCCCCCGCCGUCGGCGCGCGCCCUCGAGCCGCCCCGGCUCAAGCGCAGCUCCUCCAUGUUCAUCCCGCAGCUCGCGACCAGCUGCGGCGACAGCCGCCCGCGCCGCAAGAAGAGCACCUCCGUGCAGAUCUCGCUGCAGCGCCGCCCGGCCAACGGCGCUGCCGCCGGCGGACCGGCGGACGGGGAAGCCGGGGCGGCGGGAACGGCGGUCGCCGCCGGGGAUGGGGACGGAGCGAGCGGGCGAGCGGUUGCGGCCGCCUGCGCGGCGGCGGCAACGCCGCCGGACCCGCCGAGGGACUUGGCUCUUUCGCGCACCGAGGCGCGGGACGUAACUCCGGCCGAGUCUAAGUUUCCCGACAUUGCCGAUGUUCCUGGAGGGAGGCUCGCGCUGCCUGGCGCGCGCCUGGGCGAGGUGCGCGUGGUGACAGUGCCGUGCGAGCCCUGGCCCGCGCGGCCCGCGUCGGCGCCAGCGGCUGAGAGCGGACGCUUGCGACGCUGCUCCUCGCUGCUCAUCUUCCCCAGGAGCCCCAGUAUCACGCCGCCGCCCAGCCCCACUGCCGCCGAGUCUCCGGCGCUAGCGCCGACACCGGGACAACCGCAGCAAGCUCAGCAACAGCAACAGCAGCCCAUCCAGCAGCAGCCAAUCCAGCAGUCGACGCAGCAGCAGCAGCAGCCGUCGUGUGACGCAGCAGUCUGCUCCACCCGCAGGGUGCUUCACUUGCCCCCGUUCCAGAUGCCCGCAAAGCUCGGCCACAUCGCCGAGCACGGCCCGGCGCCGACGGACUCGCCCCCGGGCGCCGACGCCAUCUCCGUGGACCUGCUGCCCGGCGCCAGCGGCAACGGCUUCCGGCUCAAGCGUCACUCGGCCGCCGGCGAGGUGCACCGCAUCCGCGUGCUGCCGCUGCGCUGUCGCCCGCGGCAGGCGACGGCCGACGGCCACGCCGCCGCCGCCGGCGCCGCCACCCCUCCGGCGCGCCACCUCCCCGCACGGCCCUCGGCCCCGGCCCCCGGCAGCACGCGCCCGGCAUCCUGUCGUCCCAAGGACGGCGGCGGCGGCGGCGCCGGCAAGCAGUCGCGCUUCGUGGUGCAGCUGCAUAAGCCGCCGGCCGCCGAGCCUUGCGCGUCCGGCGACGGCGGCGACUUCCUGGCGGGCAAGCCGGCCGCGUACCCGCGUGCCCGCCUGCGCCGCAGCACCUCCGCCUGCCUCCUGCCGGCGCAGGAGGACGCGGGGGAGCGUGGGCACCGGCUCCUCGGCGCGGAGGCGGAGGGCGAGCGCGCCGCCGACGUCGGGCGCGGCCGCGCCGAUUACCCCCAGCUGCUGCGGAGCCGCUCGUUCGACGGGAUCUCGCCGAGCCCUCCGCCGUCGCCGGUCUUCCACGUGGAGCAGGAGAUGAUCGGGGGCUCGCCACACCUGCGGAUUACCGUGACGCGUGGCGGGGACGCGAGGGGCCGCGCGCCGGGCUCCUCCGUCGUGCGGGACUGCGGCGGCGUUACUCCGGAAGGGACCAUCGUUAUAUCGUCGCGGAACCACUGUAAGACGCGAGAUGAUUUCCUGGGACAAGUGGACACCUCCCUCAGCCAAUUGCCGACAGAAGACCCGUCCAGGGAGCGACCCUACACCUUCAGGGACUUCAUUCUGCGGCCGAGAAGUCACAAAUCCCGGGUGAAGGGCUUCCUGCGGCUCAAGAUGGCGUACUUGCCGCAGAACGGGAUGAACGAAGAACCGUCCACCCAGACCGAGGAUUCAGACCCCGGCUGGGAGGUGGUGGAUUCGAUGGAGGGCGGCGUGAGCCAGCGGCCGAGUCAGCAGCAGCAGCAGCCAGCCCUGCCGCCCGACUGGGAGGAGAGGCAGGACAACCUGGGCCGCACCUACUACGUGAACCACAAGAACCGCAGCACCCAGUGGCACCGGCCCACCGUCUUGGACCCCGUGGAGGACGUGCAGGCGACGGAGGAGCGCAGCGACCAGCAGGCGCAGACCGUGUUCUGCUCGCGGAGACAGAUCACCGAGGACUCGGACUCUGGCGACGUGCGCGACUCCGCCGACCUGACGUGGGAGAUCAUCGAGCCCGAGUCGGACCGCUCCCCGCGCUCCCCGCUGCCUCCGCCGCCGUCUCCCACCACCACCACCACCACCGACGGCGCUCGUCUGGUCUCGUCCGACGAGGCCGGCUUGAGGCCGCAGUCCCCCGCCGAGCGGACGACGCCCGCCACGGUGCUGGCUUCCAGGAGGGCGCGAUCAGCGAGCGUCACCCUCUCUGAGCCGCAGCAGAACAACACGCUGUUGGUUCCCCAGCUCUUCACCACGCCGGGCAUGCCCCCCGGGUGGGAGGAACGCAAGGACGACAAGGGCCGCACGUACUUUGUCAACCACAACAACCGCACCACCACGUGGACACGCCCCGUCAUGCAGCUGGUGGACGACGGGGUGCCGGUGGCCGGGGCGGUGGCGCCGGCCAACGGGGAGGCGGAGGUGCAGGUGCAAGUGCGGCGCCCGCGCAGCCUCAGCUCUCCCUCGAGCCCCCGAGAGUUGCUGCCCCUGCACAGCCUUCAGAACCUGAGGGAGGCGACGCAGCCCAAGCGGAACAGAGUUCCCUUCCCGUCGCCGCAGUCGCCCCAAUUCUCGCCGGACGACUCGCCGCUCGGCUCGCCCAAGCAGCAGCACAAGCCGAGCUCCGGCACGGCGUUCAUGCCGCCCGGCUGGGAGAUGCGCUUCGCCCCCAACGGACGCCCCUUCUUCAUCGACCACAACGCGCGGACGACCACGUGGGACGACCCGCGGUUAAAGGUUCCUGUGCACAUGCGGACCCGGCCUAGUCUGGACCCCUCUGAGCUGGGGCCCCUGCCUCCCGGCUGGGAGGAGCGGGUGCACACGGACGGGAGGACCUUCUACAUCGACCACAACACCAAGAACACGCAGUGGGAGGACCCAAGACUGCAGAGCCCGGCGAUCACGGGCCCAGCCGUGCCAUAUUCACGGGACUACAAACAGAAGUACGACUUCUUCCGGAAGAAACUAAAAAAGCCGACGGACGUGCCGAACCGCUUCGAGAUGAAGCUGCGCCGCGGCAGCAUCCUGGAGGAGUCGUACCGACGCAUCAUGGCGGUGAAGCGCACGGAGUUGCUCAAGGCGCGCCUCUGGAUCGAGUUCGAGACGGAGAAGGGGCUCGACUACGGCGGCGUCGCACGCGAGUGGUUCUUCCUCAUCUCCAAGGAGAUGUUCAACCCCUACUACGGGCUCUUCGAGUACUCGGCCACGGACAACUACACGCUGCAGAUCAACCCCAACUCUGGCCUCUGCAACGAGGAGCACCUCUCCUACUUCAAGUUCAUCGGGCGAGUCGCCGGCAUGGCGGUCUACCACGGCAAGCUCCUGGACGGGUUCUUCAUCCGCCCCUACUACAAGAUGAUGCUGCAGAAGCCCAUCACGCUGACCGACAUGGAGUCUGUGGACAGCGAGUACUUCAACUCGCUCAUGUGGAUCCUCGAGAACGAUCCCACGGACCUCGACCUGCGCUUCUGCAUCGACGAGGAGCUCUUCGGGCAGACCCAUCAAGUCGAGUUGCUGCCAAACGGAUCCGAGAUCGUGGUCACCAACGACAACAAGAAAGAGUACAUCGACCUGGUGAUCCAGUGGAGGUUCGUCAGCAGAGUCCAGAAGCAAAUGAACGCUUUCAUGGAGGGCUUCUGCGAGCUGAUACCCAUGGACCUGAUCAAGAUAUUUGACGAAAAUGAGCUGGAGCUGCUCGUGUGCGGCCUGGGAGACGUGGACGUGAACAACUGGAGGCAGCACACGGUCUACAAGAACGGCUACUGCGCCAACCACCCCGUCGUCCAGUGGUUCUGGAAGGCGGUGCUGCUGAUGGACGCCGAGAAGAGGAUCCGUCUCCUGCAGUUUGUGACGGGGACAUCGCGCGUCCCCAUGAAUGGCUUCGCCGAGCUGUACGGUUCCAACGGCCCUCAGCUGUUCACAGUUGAGAUGUGGGGUGCACCGGAGAAACUCCCACGAGCACACACCUGCUUCAACCGCCUGGACCUUCCACCGUACGAGUCGUUCGAGGAGCUGCGGGAGAGGCUGAACAUGGCCAUCGAGAAUGCGCAGGGCUUCGAGGGCGUAGACUGAUUCCUAUUUGUCCCGCACGGGGCGCCAAGAGCCUCCUUCUCCUCGAUCCUCCUCCUCCUCUGGCCUCCUCGACCCAACCUCGACGAUCAACGAUCGCCCACCACCCCCCAACCCCAACGCACCACCACUCCGAUCCAAGUGAUCGAAUUCCUCUGAUCCCCGGCAGGCCAGCCCACGCUGUGGGCCACAUUGGACACUGGCAGUUGCCGGCGGACAGCUUCCCGCGAACGUGACCGCCCGAUUCAAAGCCAUGAGACCGCGCACAGGAGUGCUGGGCACACAGGCAGAUCGUGCUCGCCGGCCCCCCCC